CGUGCUGGUGCAGUGCUCGCACAUUGUUUCUAUCGAUAAAGCAUUUAUUUCUGAAUAAACAUGUCAGGAAAGGUCGUGCUGUAUUACUUCGACGGACGAGGGAAAAUGGAGUCCAUUAGGUGGCUGCUGGCCGUUGCUGGUGUUGAGUUCGAAGAGGUGUUUUUGACCACAAGGGCCCAAUAUGAAAAACUGGUGAACGAUGGAGCUCUGCUGUUUCACCAGGUUCCAAUGGUUGAAAUGGACGGAAUGAAGCUGGUGCAGUCAAAGGCCAUCAGGAAUUACAUAGCAGGGAAAUAUAACCUCUAUGGCAAGGAACUUAAAGAGAGGGUCAUACUCUCGGUACUUCUCAGUUCCUCGUGGGUAACCAGCUGAGCUGUGCGGAUGUCA